AGAAGACGAAGACGAAGACGAAGAAGAAGAAAAAGAAGAAGUAGAAGAACGUUAAACUUGUAAAACAUAUAAUUGUAUUAUAUCUAUCGAUAUAUAGAUACUUUUUUUCGGGAAUUUUUGUUAGCAGUAGUUUUGUUAGCAGCACCGUUAAACGGCUGUUUUGUGUUUCUGAUGUAACCUGAUCUGUAAAUAGUGGGAGGGUUUGUUUAUAGUAGCAGCUAACGUUAGCAUCCCGUAGCAACAUUAAACAAUUCUUCGUUCCAGCUCGUUUACAAGAAGAAAAUGACUCGUCACGGGAAGAACUGUACGGCCGGAGCUGUUUACACCUACCACGAGAAGAAGAAGGACACAGCUGCGUCUGGUUACGGCACUCAGAGCGUCCGUCUGGGUAAAGAUGCCAUCAAAGACUUCGACUGCUGCUGCCUGUCUCUGCAGCCUUGCCAGGACCCGGUGGUGACCCCAGAUGGAUAUUUGUAUGAAAAACAGGCGAUUCUGGAGUAUCUUCUUCACCAGAAGACCGAGAUCGCCAAAAAGAUGAAGGCGUACGAGAAGCAGAAACGAGCUCAGAAGAGCAGCAAGCAGCUGGAGUCCACGUCCGAGGAGCGGCACACGGUGGAGAGGUUCAAAACCAGCGAGAACAGCAUCGUGUCCAAACCCAUCAACCCCUUCACAUCCGGACAGAAAGACGGCGAGGCGAGCAAGUCCCAGAGCAGCUCAGAACCAGCCUCCACUUCCAGCCAGAACCUGCCCAGUUUCUGGAUUCCCUCCCUGACACCAGAGGCCAAACCCACCCUCCUGAAGAAACCAAGUAAAACCGUGUUGUGUCCCAUGUCCGGAUGUCCCAUCAAGAUGAACGAGCUGAUAACGGUGCGCUUCACCCCCCUGGACCCCAGUCUGGAGCGAGUGGCCCUGCUCAACCGGCAGGAGAGGUAUGUGUGCGCAGUGACCAGAGACGCCCUGGGAAACAGCGUCCCCUGUGCUGUCCUGAGGCCUUCGGGUUCUGUGGUGACCCAGGAGUGCGUGGAGAAGCUGAUCAGGAAGGACAUGGUGGACCCUGUGACUGGAGACAAACUGAAAGACAGAGACAUCAUUCCUCUGCAGAGGGGGGGAACCGGCUUCUCGGGUUCUGGAGUGGCCCUCCGAGCUAAGGAGGCUCGUCCAGUGAUGCAGGCAUGAGAUGGUGGAGGACCUAAAGUGUCCAAAGCGGUCUCAGAAGACAUCUCAGUGAUACUUCUGUGACGUUUUAAGAUGUUUUGUAGUAUCUUUUCCAGUCAUGUGGAUGGUGUUCAUUUACCCUGAAGAUGUCCACGUUUACAGUCCAUGUUUUAUCUUUUAGUCACAGAAAUGUGUAAACUGCUCAGAUUUUUCCUGUUUCAUUCAAAUAAAAUAAAUGGAGCUGAAAGACAAACCA